AUUAAAGUAUAUUAGAAAUAUAUAUUAUUUGACUAUAAAAUUAUAACGGGGAAUUUGCGCUCGCGCGCGCGCGCGCACACACACACAUACACAGACACACACAGACAAUAACAUCUCACUGGCCAAUGAAGUCCUCAGGGUAAAGCCCCAGCUCAGCUAAACUCACCCACACAAUAUAAAUCCGGAGUGGGCAGCCCGUCAGCAAGUUUGCCCUCUUGUAGCUUUAAUGAACACCACAGUCAUUAUCACGCGAUAGUAUGUGCUAGCAUAACGAUAAAACUACAUUUCCCAGAAUUCUCUGCUCCGGCAGCUUGUUUAUCCAAUGGUCAUUCGAUGCGCUCCUCCGGCAACCAAUCGGACAGUAAUCUCUUAAUUCUAAUGGUUAAAUACCAUGAAAAUCCCUCUUAUCAGCACUAUUUACUUACUCAAUUUUCCACCUCCGGAUAGGUCUACACCACAGCAAUGUUGUGAUUUUGGUGAAAGACACGUGUUUUACAUCAUCACGGAUUUUAAGUUUUGAUAAGCUCAAGAUAGACGACAUGCUGUCAGGUGUCCGGUUGUGUGUUCGCUCGUUGUGUAAAGGUUGGUCGGUUCGUGGCAUGAGUUUGUCUCCGCGUCAAAUCAACCGAUGGCCGAGCAACGAGUCCUCCGAGCCUCCGACGGACAGUCCUCGAGUCCUUAUCACAGGUGGCUUAGGACAGCUUGGAGUUGGUCUAGCUCAAAUGCUGAGGCAGCAAUAUGGAAAGGAAAACGUUAUCCUGUCAGAUAUUAGGAGGCCUCCAGCUGAAGUUUAUAACAUGGGUCCAUUUGUGUACGCUGAUGUGCUGGACUAUAAAAACCUGAGGGAGCUAGUUGUGAAUAACAGAAUCACCUGGCUAGUGCAUUACAGCGCAUUGCUCAGUGCUGUCGGGGAAGCUAACAUGGCUCUUGCUCGCACCAUCAAUAUCACAGGUCUGCAUAAUGUGUUAGAUCUGGCUCUGGAGAACUGCUUGCGACUGUUUGUACCCAGUACCAUUGGAGCAUUUGGCCCCUCGUCUCCCCGCGACCCAGCCCCUGACCUCUGCAUCCAGAGACCUCGCACCAUUUAUGGAGUUUCCAAAGUCCAUGCAGAGCUGAUGGGGGAAUAUCUCCACCAUAAAUAUGGCCUGGAUUUCCGAUGCUUGCGAUACCCAGGAGUCGUUUCUGCCCACACCAAGCCAGGAGGAGGCACCACUGAUUAUGCUGUCCAGAUCUUUCAUGAUGCCCUCAGCACCGGCCACCAUGAAUGUUACUUGCGUUCCAACACUCGGCUUCCCAUGAUGCACAUCUCUGACUGCCACAGGGCCACCGUUGAGUUCAUGCAGGCUCCUGAAAGCCGACUUUCACUGCGUACUUACAACAUCGCAGCCAUGAGCUUCACGCCUGAGGAAGUGGCAGAAGAGAUCCGUAAACACCUACCCCACCUGAGGGUCACGUACAAUCCUGAUACCAUCCGGCAGACUAUUGCGGACAGUUGGCCUGUGCGGUUUGAUGACUCUAAUGCACGUCAGGAUUGGGGCUGGAAGCCUGCGUACGGCCUGUCAGAGAUGGUUACAGACAUGUUGGCUUCCAUCCGUGAAAAGAGAACCAAUGCAGGACUACCUGUCAGCUAGCAGGUCUUCUCAGGGACUGAAACAGAAAUCACCAGCAUCUUUCCAGUACAUUUCUAAACUCAUCUAUCUCAAAUUUUUUAGACCAGGACUCUCUGUCAGUUAGAGAACUGCUGACACAGACAGUUCUCUACAAAUGUAUGCUUGUGAAGAAAACAUGUAAACCAACAGUGAAAACUCACAUUCUCCCACCGCUCAGGAGACUCUUGCUGCGUGCAAAAUCACAUACUGUAUUGUAGGCACUACAUUUUAAUUGAUACUUGCAUUGCGACCAUUACAAAAGUAUGUUGUAUAUAGUGAGAA